UUGGGUCCUGACUGACGGCGCGGGGGCUGAUGGGGCCUGCUCAAUAUGUUGCCGUGGAGCCGGAGUCGCCGCCGCCGCCACUGGGAAAACAGAGCGUGGCUUUUGUGGUUGCUGGUGAGAUAGAGCGGAGUGCUGUCAGGAACUCCAUGGAGAGGAUCCAGAGCGACCGACUGCGGUUGUUGCUCUGUUUCGUGGCUGUUUUCGUUUGUUACUUUUACUAUGGGAUCUUGCAGGAGGCCAUAACCAGAAGUAAAUAUGGAGAGCAGCAAGAAACAUUUGUAUAUGCAAAAUCACUUGUGUUUGUCCAGUGUAUUAUUAAUGCUAUUUUUGCCAAACUAAUGCUACAAUUAUUUGAAAAGGCAUCAGUUGAACGAACGCCUCACUGGCUGUAUGCAGUUUGUUCAAUGUCUUACUUGGGGGCCAUGGUCUCCAGUAAUUCUGCCCUCCAGUAUGUCAACUAUCCAACACAGGUUCUAGGAAAAUCAUGCAAGCCCAUUCCAGUGAUGGUUUUAGGAGUCAUUCUUGGAAGGAAAAGAUACCCAUUGGCCAAGUAUCUUUGCGUGUUGCUCAUUGUUCUGGGAGUGGCGUUAUUUAUGUAUAAACCCAACAAAGGAAAGGACAGUGCAAAUGACCACAUCUUUGGAUUUGGGGAAAUGUUAUUAUUGGCUUCCUUAACCUUGGAUGGAUUGACUGGAGUAGCACAAGAACACAUGAGAGCUAAUUUCCAGACUGGUUCAAAUCAGAUGAUGCUGAAUAUUAAUGUUUGGUCUAGUUUGUUCCUGGGAAUAGGAGUUUUUUGUACUGGAGAAAUAUGGGAAUUUAUUAAUUUCACUGAGCGCCACCCCAGUAUUCUGUACAAGAUACUUUUGUUUGGUUUAACUAGUGCUUUGGGCCAGAGUUUCAUAUUUAUGACUGUUGUUUACUUUGGACCUCUGACUUGUUCAAUCAUUACUACAACCAGAAAGUUCUUUACCAUCCUUGGCUCUGUGCUUAUUUUUGGUAAUCCCAUUAGCUCCUUGCAAUGGGUGGGCACAGUUUUUGUAUUCCUAGGCCUUGGUUUAGAUGCCAAAUAUGGAAAGGCACCCAAAAAAAAUCAAUAAAUAUUGAAGAUUCACUUGAAGAUUUUCACCUCCAAUAAUGCUGCCUGAACUUUGAUUUUCUUUUUAUUUCAUGCUUCACCUACAUAAGUUUAAAUGUUUAGAUUGCUUUACUUUAAAAAAAAGUUUUCUCCAAGCCUUUGUGUCCAUAUGUGUCUUUCAAAAAGCUGCACUUCAUGCAAAGCAAAAUUUAAUGUGAUACUCUAUUGCAGUCCUUGGGGCUAGUUAUCUGCAAAUUAUUUAAAAAUACUGAUUGUUAAUUUUUGAAGUGCAAAAGAAAUCUGCAGAUGCUGGAAAUCUGAAGUUAAACAGAAAAUGCUGGAAAUAGUCAAUAGAUGAAAGAGAAAUGAGUACUUGUUAGGUUAAUAACUUUAUAAAAGAUCAAUGACCUGAAACGUUACUUUUCUCUUUUCAUGGAUGCUAUUGGAUCUGCUACAUUCUCAGCAUUUUCUAUUUUUAUUCUUGUUUUUGUAUAGUCUGCAAAUAUAGUCCUCUGAAAUCCAUAUUUUAAUUGUACAUUUAUUAAAAAGUCAGAAGCCUUGUGUUACAAAACUGCAUUGAAUAUAAUUUAAGUGGUUCUGUACAAUAUUUGUAUGAUGUACUGUAAUCAUAAUUGAAACACUAAAAAGCUUCAGUUUGAA